ACAAUGACUGUCUAAGUCUUCAUUCACUAUCUACGUCUUUUGAAUAUUGGCAUGAUGAUUCCGACGCACCAGAAAGGUAAAAACAAAGCUCAAGACUUUGAUGAUCUGGACCCAGUGAUAACUUAUCGCCACAUCCUUCAAAACAAUCUUGGUAUCAAGGAUCCGCUUCGGGUGGUGGCACUAUGCGACUCCGAUGCGUUUUAUGCGGCAUGCGAAAUGGUCCGCCUUGGCGUCACGGAUAAACCUCUCGUAGUUCUUCAAUGGGAAGGCAUAAUCGCUGUAAAUUAUCCCGCCCGUAAAUUCGGCAUUUCACGGUUCCAUAAACUCAAAGACGCCAAGGAACGCUGCCCGGAACUGAUGAUUGUUCACGUCGCGACCUAUAAGGAGGGAGAUGCUGAACCCGGGUACUGGGACAAUGUUGAUUCACGAACACAUAAGGUGUCUCUCGAUUACUACCGUAGGGAGAGUUCCAAAGUGUUUAGCAUGCUCAAAGAGGGGCUUCCCGACGCCGAGAUAGAAAAGGCAUCUAUUGACGAAGCGUUCAUUGAUUUCACAAAGCCAGUGCGACAAGUUCUUCUACAAAGAUUCCCAUAUCUAUCUCAGAUACCCGCUGACGCACCAAAUGGCGUCGAUACUCCACUUCCUCCACCUCCCCCCAUAGAUUGGGGCACUGACUCGCAUCUCAUACCCAUCUAUUCCAAUGCGAAUUCCGAAUCGACCGACGAAGAGACCUCCCAAUCAGCUCCUUUAACGUGGCAUGAUAUAGCCCUAAGGCUUGCUGCUGAAAUGAUGCACAAAGUGCGAGUUGACAUUGCUGCCCAACUAGGAUAUACUACGUCUGCUGGUAUCGCUAGAAACAAGUUCCUUGCCAAACUCUGUGCGUCAUAUAGGAAGCCAUAUUCGCAGACCAUUCUACGCAAUCAGGCAAUACCAUGUUAUCUCAAGCCUCUAGAAUUCCAAAAGAUUCGAUUCCUGGGUGGCAAAUUGGGGCAAGCGCUCGCUAAAGAAUAUGAUGUUUCAACAGUCGCGGAUUUGCUUCCCGUUCCGCUUGAGGAAUUUCAAGCCAAAUUCGGAGAAAGCGCUAUUUGGGUGUAUGAGAUAUUACGUGGAAUCGAUAGGUCCGAAGUCAAAGAAAAAUCACCGGUCAACAAAAGCAUGUUAGCCGCGAAAGCACUCCAAAAACCAAUUACAAAAAUAGAUGAUGGUCCACAUUGGAUUCGCGUUCUCGCUGCUGAGUUAUCGCUGAGAUUGAACGAUGCUAGGAAGGAAAGACCCAACUUAUGGCCUAAAACCCUUGCUUUACAUGCGGGUCACGGAUAUGGGACGGCUCGAUCCAAACAGGCACCUUUUCCAUUUACCAAAGAGGUCACCGUCAAUGUCAUCGCUGCAGCCGGAGGUAAACUUUGGAAGGAACUCGUAGGGAACGUUACCGGCACCAUUAGGAUUACCUAUAUUUCUCUGGGCUUUACGGGGAUCGAGGCAACAGACGCAAGCCAACAAAGCAUCGCCAGUUUUCUUGACUCUCAUGCUGUGACUGGGGUCAAGCGUCCCAACGAGGAGAAGAACGGUAACCCCUCGAAAAGUCGGCACAGAAAUACACAGCGUGUACGAUCUCGACCUUCAAGUCCAUCUGCCGAUCAGAAUACCACCUCUUUCACAUGUUUAGAAUGCCAUAAGACGCUUUCACUAUCGCCAAAGCUACUGUCCACCAGUGACGUUCUGGGACGGGCCUACGCUCUAGCGGCUCUGAAGGAUGAACAUAGUGAUUUUCAUUUUGCUGAAUCCGUUGCCCGAGAAAUGGAGCCGGAGGUGAAAGAGGUUAGAGGGCCUCACAAGAAGGUCAAAACUCCAAUGAUCCAAGAGAAAGAAAUUGGGCCAAGAGGGAUCGAGAAGUUCUUCAACCGGACAUAAUACCAGUGUAUCAUGAUCAACUACAUUUGUAGUCUGUACUGUGUAUGUGGGUAAGCAGUACUUGGACCAAAUACGGACAGUGAUCAUAAAAUCAUCUGAAGUCCAGAAUCUUCGCGACUUUUAAGUUCUCGCAUUCAGCAUUCAUGAUGUACGUACAAAGGUAUUCAGCUACUUAUAUUAGGGAGCUGGCG